AUAUAUGGGCGGCUAGGACGUCAUUGACGCCGUCAGCGGUGACUGCAACGGCGAUGCUGACGGCCUGCUACAAAAGAGACUGCGAUAAACUCCGGGCGCAGUCUUUCUUGCUUAUACGUGCGGUUACAACAUGGUCUAUUUAUACUUAAAAUUUAAGUUGCAAUUUCUUAAGAUUUCAGAUAUCGUAUUGAUGCAAAAAUGUGCAGCAAAAGUGUUUAUUAUAUUCUUAUUAUCAUUAGAAACAAUAUUAUAUAUUUACACUACACUUUUUAUGCUUCAAAUUUAAGUUGCAAUUUUUGAAAACUUUAUAUUAUAUCGUGCUGAUAUAAAAAUACGCGGCAAAAGUGUUUAUUACGUUUUUGUUAUGAUUAAAAAUAAUAUUUUAUAUUUAUACCACACCUUUUAUUAAUCAUUAAUUUGUAUAUCCAUAUUUUUUAUCUCAAUGUACAUUAUUUUUAAAUAUUUAUUAUUUAGUAGAUUUCCAUUUCGCUUACAAAAUAUAUAUAUAUAUGUACAUAGAUAUUUCAAAUUAUACUAUGUAUUAUACAUUUAAUAUAAGAAAGCAAGAAAUGAAGUAUAAAACCAUGCGAGCAAGUGUCAUUAUUGUAUUGGCUUUCGCCACUGGGAUUGUUGUAGCCACAUCUAGAAAUCAUAAUUAUUCGCAUUUCGUAAAACAUCAUGCAAGACCACGAGUAAUUCGAGGCUUUAAACCUGAAUAUAUGUCUACGGCAUAUGGUUUCGGGAAAAGGCAAAGUACUAUCGAUGUUCCAAAACUCAAUAAACAGGAACGAAUUUUAUCAACACUUUUACGCUAUUUUCCACAAGGAAUUCCCGUAGAUUGGUUACUUCAACAAUUGAAAACGAAUCCAACUUUUGCUACGAAAUUAACACAAGCGUUAAUGGAUGAACGUACUGAUUUUACGUCAAUGAUAGAUCGCUCUAAUCCAGAAAGAAUAACUUGGCUAUAUUAAAUCUUUUAUGUAUGAUCAAAUGAUGUACACAAUUCCUAGCUAUACCUUCUAGUUUAACAAAUCUGCGAUAUUUAAAAAACUCUUUUGUUGUUAUUAACACAUUAGUUUCCUAAAAUAAUGCAUAUAAUAAAAGUAAUUAUUACUAAAUAAUGUAUCUUUAAUAUAUGUACUAUACUAUUUUUAAAUAUCAAUAUACGAUAUUCUCUUCUGAAGAAUUUAAUAGAUGUAAUUUAUAAACUAAAAUGUGAUUGAUUAAGUUUUGACAACCUAUUAUUUUAUACGUUAAUAAGCGAUGGAAUUCUUUAAAGUAAAUAGAAUUUCAAGCUUAUACUGUUAGAGAAAUAUGCAAUUUUUAGCCAUUAAAAACAUCGAAAAGGUAGAUUG